UAUACAAAUAAUAGUAGCCCAAAAUUACUUAAUUAUUAUUCUUAUAUAAAUAAUAAAGUAGGUACUAAUACUCUCUCCAAAGGUGGUUAUAACCUUAUGGGGAGACCUUAUAUUAGUAAGAGAUAUUUAAAUACUAAAUCUUUACCUGUUAAAGAUAUAACUAAUGAAUUAGAUAUAUUUAAUGAUAUAGGUAUUGAUCCAGUAAUAUGAUGAGGUGAUUUAAAUAAUAAAGAUAAACAUUCUAUUAUUAGAAAUGAAUUAAAUAAUAAAGCAGGUAUAUAUAUUAUUAUUAAUAAAAUUACUCGUAAUUGUUAUAUAGGUUCAGGUUCAACUAAUAAAUUAUAUAAUAGAUUUGUUAAACAUUUACUUAAUUAUAAAGGAUCUAAAUUAAUUAAAAGAUCAGUAUUAAAAUAUGGUUUAAAUAAUUUUAUAUUUGCUAUAUUAGAAUAUUAUCCUUUAGAGAUUAAUAAAUAUAAUAAUAAAGAAUUAAUAACAUUAGAAAAAUUAUAUAUUUCUUUAUUAAUGCCAGAGUAUAAUAUAUUAACUGAAGCUGGUAAUAGUUUUGGUUAUAAACAUACUAAGGAAAAUAUUGAAAGAUUUAAUCUACCCUUUAAUAAUGAACGUAAAGAAAUGUUAAAACAAUUACAAUUAAAUAAUAAAUGUCAUAAGACAAAUGAGCAAUUAUUAAAAUUAAAUAAUAUAACUUUAAAUAGAUCUUCUUAUAUUACUUUAUCUCUUAAUAAUAAAAUAUUAUGUACUAUAAAAGGUAUUAAUAGAGUAGCUAAUUUAUUAUGUUGUAGUUAUAAGACUAUAGAACAUAGUCUUAAAAUAGGUUGAAUAUAUAUACCUGAUUCUUUUAUACCUUAUUUAAAUAAUGAUUUUAUUAAUAAUAAUAAUGAUAUUAUAACUCAUCUUCCUCUUAAAGGAAAUAUUAAAACUAAAUAUAAAUCAACUAAUAUAAAUAUACCUAAUCAUACAAUGAUAUAUAUAAAGAAUAUAAUUAAAUAA